AUGUACAAUCGAGCGAUGGUUCCGGCGCCGAAUCCGCGUCUGACAGAGCUCUUUGACCAGCUGCGUCAAGAAUAUGAGAACCAGUCUCGAAGCCAUGGCGAAUGCGAACAUCAAUUGACUGGGCAGCUUCAGGAUGUGGAGAUGAUUCGUCAAAGAGUAUCUCAGUUGGAACAAGCGCAUAUGGAAAUGAAACAAAAGUACGAAGCUGAGAUUCGCAAUCUACGACUGGAAUUAGAAUCUCGGGGUAUCCAUCCCCCUCCUUCGCACGUCGGCGGACCUCCAACCCACGGCGGACUAUCUCAGGCUCCACCACCUGCCUUAGGCCACGGCCCAAGCAACCUGUUUGGCGGAAUUAUCGCAAAUCAAGGCGGCGGACCGCCCGCUUUAGCUCCACCACCGCCCCAGGAACAACAGCAGCCUCAACACCCCAUGCAGCAACCGGCCUCCGGCGCACAAGGACCACCUCAGCCACAACAGGGAGGAUUUGGCGGCUAUCAGCCGAGCUCUGCAGUGAAUGGUUAUGGACCCCCACCACCCGCUCCAACCUCUUCUCCUGGCCCUGGAAAACGCUCCGCCAGAGCUGGACCUGCAACCCCCCAACAAAACCAGCCGGUCACUUAUGCUGAUCCCAGAGAGUCCCCGCAGAUCCCACAGCCAACACCUGGUCAACAAAUGCCCUAUCGUGUUGGAAAUGCCCUUGGUGAAUUGGAACCCGAAAAGCUCCCGCUAACGCAAAAGAAAGAAGGCCUUGACUGGUAUGCCGUUUUCAAUCCCGAAAUUCCACGUGUAUUAGAUGUCGAAUUGGUCCACACAUUGUCCCAUAAUAGCGUUGUCUGUUGCGUCAAGUUCAGUUCCGAUGGAAAAUACGUUGCAACUGGUUGCAAUCGCUCCGCCCAAAUCUUCGACGUUGCAUCUGGACAAUUGGUCACCACACUACAAGACGAGACAGCCAACAAAGAGGGUGACCUUUACAUUCGUAGUGUUUGCUUUAGCCCAGAUGGGAAGUUCCUGGCUACCGGUGCCGAAGACAGACAAAUCAGGGUAUGGGAUAUUGCAAACCGAAAGAUUAGACAUAUUUUUGCCGGGCACGAAAACGAUAUUUACUCUCUCGACUACUCUCGCAACGGCCGAUAUAUUGCUUCUGGCAGUGGCGACAAGACCGUGCGAAUGUGGGACGUCUACGAUGGGAAACAAGAACUCAUACUGACUAUCGAAGAUGGCGUUACAACCGUCGCCAUUUCUCCAGAUGGCCGCUAUGUUGCUGCUGGUUCUCUUGAUAGGAGUGUCCGUGUAUGGGAUACUACAACUGGAUACCUCGUGGAGCGACUGGAAAGUCCCGAUGGUCACCGAGACAGCGUUUACUCUGUUGCAUUUGCACCAAACGGCCGCGAUCUUGUUAGCGGCAGUUUAGAUAAAACCAUUAAAAUGUGGGAAUUGACUCCUCCGCGCGGUAUUAUGACCGGCAACGCCCCCAAGGGUGGAAAAUGCGUGCGUACCUUUGAGGGACACAAGGACUUUGUUCUUAGCGUUUGCUUCACUCCAGAUGGACAUUGGGUUCUCAGUGGCUCCAAGGACAGAGGUGUACAGUUCUGGGAUGUCAUGACUGGGCAUGCGCAAAUGAUGCUCCAAGGUCACAAAAAUUCUGUUGCCCCUAGCCCAACAGGACAGCUUUUUGCAACAGGAAGUGGUGACUGUCGAGCCAAGAUCUGGAGCUACGGCCCCUGGGGACGUCGAUAA